GUAAUAUAAGGGGGCAUCCAUAAAGUGCGUAUGAAGUAAAACCACUAGUUUUGGACCCCCUUUCUUGUGCGCACCUCUAUGCUUUUAACCCCCCUCUCUUUCUUCUAUGUACGUACACAUUUAUUACAAAAUCAACCCCUCCCUUUUUCCAACACAAAAAUUUUUUGAAAACAGAAAAAACUUCAGUUAAUUUGUCAUUAUUUUCGAUUUUUUAAACUCGUGAAAUUCAAUGCUUUUGUUAAUAAAGAUAAAAAAAAUGCUUUAAGAGAGAGAUAGAGAAUGAGAGAUAGUCAAACCAUGUACUUGCUGUCUUAAACCCCUCCCCACAUUUUUCCGAUAACCUAUCUUCCCACAUACUUGCUACCUACUGGAUGAAUCUACAUAUACUGUACCUACUGGAUGGAAGACCCCUAAGUAUAAUAUAAAUUAUUAUGACAUAUUGUUAUGUUUAGUGCAUUUUUAAAUUAUGUUAUUUUUUAUAUUUUUAUAAAGAUGACAAAGAAUAGCAAAUGAUGGAUUAUAAUUUAAAAUUAAAUAAUUAUGAACAUGACUUAGAAUAUGUCAUUCAUAGUUGGUCCUCAUAUUCUUCCAAUUACCACCCUCGGAAUAUUAAAAAUGAUCACCCCUAUGAUCAAUCAUCUCGAUGGUCAUCAGACAGCAACUAUCCUCCACAGUACAUCAUAUUGAAACUUGUACAACCAUCCAUUGUCACAGCUAUCACAUUUGGAAAAUUUGAAAAGACACAUGUUUGCAACUUAAGAAAGUUUACGAUUACAGGAGGAGCAAGUCCUGAUCACCAAGUUCAUCUUUUAACAAGUGGUUUAAAGAACGAUAAUAAGAAAGAAACAUUUUCUUUAAAGCAUGAACUUCAAGGGAAGAAAUUUGUUUGUGAAUACAUUAAAAUUGUACCUGUUGCUUCAUGGGGUCCCAGUUUUAAUUUUAGUAUAUGGCACAUAAAGCUAUUUGGAAUUGAUGAUGCUAAAAUUGUUCAACCCUGUUUGAAGUGGUUCAACAAUUAUAGAGAACAAGAAGCCAUACGUCUUUGUUUAAAAUAUUUUCGGCAGAAGAAUUACACUGAAGCAUUUAAUGCUUUGAAAAAUGAAACAAAUGUGUUUUUGGAAAGUCCACUUCUCACAAGCUUACAUACUAGUUUGGUUAAGAAUGGAAACUUUGAGGAAGCGGAACAUAUAAUACAAAAUUCAGCUCAUUUGUUCAAUGAAUAUAUUAGUACACAAUCUUAUCAACCAAAAUGGACUGCACUCAAAUCUCUUAACAGAGAUGGAGUUGAAGUUUGUGAACAGCCUGGAAUGAGAGGCGGACAUCAAAUGUGUAUUGAUGAAGAAAAGCAACUCAUAUUUUUAAUUGGAGGUUGGGAUGGUACGAAAGAUAUUUCUGAUUUUUGGGUUUAUAAUAUCAACAGCAGUCAUUGGCAUUGUAUCUCUGAAAAUAUUGAAAUGGAUGGAGGUCCUGCUGCAAGGUCAUGUCAUAAAAUCUGUCUUGAUACAAAAAAGAGACAUCUUUAUAUAUUGGGGCGUUAUCUUGAUGCAGAAGAAAGGCUAAAUCUGGAUAUUAAGAGUGACUUCUUUAGAUAUGGGCUUGAUACAGGUCUAUGGGAAAUUGUAUCAUCUGAUACAUAUUCUGAAGGAGGGCCCAGUCUUAUUUUUGACCAUCAAAUGCAGUACGAUGGUGUGACAGAGAAAAUAUUUGUAUUUGGAGGGAGGAUUCUUACAACGAUAAUUAACGAUGAUCAAUCAUCAGAACCUCUGUUCAGUGGUCUAUUUUCUUUCUGCACAAAAACUUAUAAAUGGGAAAAAUUGAAGGAUGAUUGCUUAAACACACCCUCUAAUGAUCAAAUACUUUCCAGAAGUGGUCAUUCUAUGCUCAUUGAUCAGGAAAGAAGGUUGUUGUACAUAUUUGCUGGUCAGAGGGGCAGAAACAGAGAAAGUGUAAAUGAUUUUUUUUCAUACAAUAUUGAUACUGGUGAAAUUACGAUAUUAGUUGCGCUAGCAGAAAAUAAAUUAUCAUCGUCAAUUGGUUUCACUCAGCGCUCUAAUAUUGAUUCAAAAUUGGGUGAAAUUUAUGUUUUGUCGGGAUCAAAUCGUGAAGCAGAAAACAAAGAAGAUUGUAUUCGUAACUCGUUUUGGGUUUAUAACAUAGCCCUAAAGAAAUGGACAUGUGUUUACAAAAAUGAAAACAUUGAUAAAUUGUAUUGGAAGAAAAUGACAAAUAUUGAACCACGUCCACGAUUUGCACAUCAACUAGUUUAUGAUUCUAUAAACAAGGUUCAUUUCUUAUUUGGUGGAAACCCUGGGCAUUCUGCUUCAUUGAAACUUAGAUUAGAUGACUUUUGGAUGCUAAAGCUUGAGCGUUCAACAACUGAAGAUCUACUUCGUUAUUGUAGAUUUAUUAUCAGAAAGCUAAGAUUUAUGGAGAUGUCAGAAAUAGAUCAAAUACAUGCGUUUUCAUACUUACAAGAAGAAGUUUCAUUAGUAAUCGAUCAUACAAACGAUUGUGAAAGAGAGAUGUUUGAGUCACUAACUUCUGUGUUAUUUUCACCAGUAUUAUCUUCAAGUCGCAGUAAUUCAGACGGCCCUUCGGAAAUAUAUGAAGCUAGGACCAAGGUGUUCGAUGAGUUGACUACAUAUUUUCCAUCUCACAUGACACAACCUUGUGGAACUAUAACGGACUUUAUCAUUGUUUAAAUCGAAAUAGGUUUUGCUAAUUGCACACACAAUUAGGGGUGUGUUGAGAGGGUAUUUAUCGACAAAAAAAAGAUAAUCGGCUUCUAAUAUACGCCAGCUUAUUAAAAAAGGUCUAAAUUCGCCGAUUGACUUCAAAAGUUAAACCCCUAUGCACCCCCUUGUUCCAGUCAUAUACAUAUUGAUUUAUCUUGGUAAAUAUUUCAUCCAAAACGACAAUGAAGCAUUGAUAAAAUUUUUCUGGAACUGGAAAAAAAAACAUUUGAAAAUUAUUUUAUAUAUAAAAACUUUUUAAAAUUUGUACAAAAUCUAUUAUAUUGUUAACAAUAAUUUUCUAUGUUAUGAUAAGUAAUUAUUAACUAUAAAUACUAUUACUGCUAAUUAUUACAACUAAAAGUAA